AUGACUCUGUCUUCUAAAAACACAGUAUCCCCAUGGCCAUCAGAGAUCACAGAGACCAGCCAGCGUGGCGAUUUUGAUCGAUCCUGGGAAAUCCCAGACUCGGGGGAUGAGGCUGCAGUCCAGUUGUUCAAGAAUUUACGUCGGCAAAAAGAAAUACCUCUCCCCAGGCAGGCCUUAGAUGAUAUGGAUCAGCACCAGGGGGUGCAACAGGUUCCUACUCAGGCCGCUCUUCCACAGCCCCUGAGCAACAUCACGCCUAGAAACCAACCUUCAGAUAAGCAAUACCCUACUGAGCGUCAACUAGUGAAAGCAGAGCAUCAACCAGUGGAAGCCGAGCGUCAACCAGUGGAAGCCGAGCGUCAACCAGUGGAAGCCGAGCGUCAACCAGUGGAAGCCGAGCGUCAACUGGUGGGAUGGCGAGAGGAUGUGAUAACUACCAGGGCAGGCAGUCUCUCCUUGCCAUCAAUGCAGGUAGUGCGGCCCGCCCUAGGGGCCCAUCCUACUCUAGGGUCACGGCAGGGGGGGACUGCAGAGGAGCCCAUUUGCAUCGAGGAAAGCGAUGACGACUCUAACUCCUCGCAUAAACAUUCUCCACAAUUAAAGAGGGAGCCUAGUCUCCUGCAAUUCCCUGGCAGGCGGAGCAUAUCUCAAUCUCAGCGCAGGCCUAGUGACAGCACCAGCAUCAACUCAAGGAUAAGUCUACUGGAAACCACUCGCGCGAACCAGCAGAGGGAUACCUCAACUCACUCCUCUGAGAGAUUAAUGCCACCACCGCCUCGAGCAGGGCACAGUUAUGACCCAGCACAAGAGAGCAUGGAGCGCCUGCUGGUCCGCCUCUUUGGAAAUCCGGAGUGGCCGAGAGGGGAGCUUGGUAUCCCAGCCAAUGGCGAGCACAGAGCAAGAACAAACACCUAUCUUCCCAAGCCCAAGCUUGAAGCCUCUACCCGGGGAAGCUCUUUAGUCCGCUUGCCAUCCAUAGGGACGCCUGUGGGCGAGGAUGAGUCAAUCCGGGAAGAUAGGGAUCAUCUUGAUGACAUAGAGAGGAGGAUCAGGGCAGCUAUGGAGAAUGUCCGUGUAGCAGAUCGCUAUGGGAGACUCAGUCAGCGUGGGAGACACCGACGACUACGGCUCCGCUGGACUAAAAGAGACUUGGAUUGGUUGAUCAGAAAGGUGGAUGAGAACGGGCCUGAAUGGCAGCUGAUCUGGGAGCUGAACCGAGAGGGGAUGCCGGUGAUCCACCCCCGACGGACACCAGUGGACGAUAAAGAUAAGGGAAUGAUCUACAAGAAAGAUCAAAUACGUCGAGGGAUCCCGAUGCUCACCACAUGGCGACGUGUCCCAGUGAGGGAACGGGAUAUCCAAGCUGCUGCAGUAUAUCGGGUCCAGAAUGCACUAAGAGAAGGGCCACAGUUCUCAGGCAUGUUCAACCUCGAACAAAUCAAGGUCCGAUCGAUCCAACAGAGGAUCGGGAAAAGCGAAUGGCCACUAGAGGAGGAAGCGCUAGUCAAUCGAUUGUUAAAGGCUUCCAAUGUAGAGGAAUGUGAGGUGUUCAACGAUCUCGAACCUCCAGACAAUAGUGAUGAUGCCGCUACUGAUAGCAAUGUGAAGGAUCACCAUGAGCAAGGUGAUACUGGAGCUGACAACAACACAGAGAAACAAUUGACACCGGGUGACCAAGGAGCUGAUGGCGACAAGGAGAAAUAG